ACCCUUGACAACUUGUCUAACUUAAACGACACACAACUGAACCUUCACUUGACAACUGUUCACCAUCGGAGAAGGAGCGUAUUAGUGUAUUGUCCAGGAGGACUAAGAACUUAGAAAAUUUUCACUACUAUAGACAAUAACAAUGUUCAAGAACACAUUUCAGAGUGGGUUCUUAUCCAUACUUUACAGUAUUGGAAGUAAACCGUUACAAAUUUGGGACAAAAAGGUUAGAAAUGGUCAUAUUAAACGUAUAACAGACAACGAUAUCCAGUCCUUAGUUUUAGAAAUUGUUGGUACAAAUGUCAGCACAACAUAUAUCACAUGUCCAGCAGACCCAAAGAAAACGUUAGGAAUUAAACUUCCAUUCUUAGUUAUGAUCAUCAAGAACUUAAAGAAAUAUUUCACAUUUGAAGUACAGGUCUUAGAUGACAAAAAUGUGAGACGAAGAUUCAGAGCUAGUAACUACCAAAGUACAACACGUGUAAAACCAUUUAUAUGUACUAUGCCAAUGAGGUUAGAUGAUGGAUGGAAUCAAAUUCAAUUCAACUUGUCAGAUUUCACAAGGAGAGCUUAUGGUACAAAUUACAUUGAAACACUUAGAGUACAGAUUCAUGCCAAUUGUCGAAUUCGUAGAGUUUACUUCUCAGACAGACUAUAUUCAGAAGAUGAAUUACCUGCAGAAUUUAAAUUAUACCUUCCGGUGCAAAAUAAAGGAGGCGUGAAAGCAUAACAAAAUGACUAAUUAGACAGUGUAUAUAAAUUAUACAAAAAAAAUGUUCAAAUGCUACUCAAGAACCGAAGGUGAAUUAUUGCGAGAAUGUUGGAUAUUAAGAGAUGCUGCCUGUUUUUACAAAUGUCUUGCAAAAAUGUUGUACGAGAGACCAAUCAAACAUGGCUGAUUCCUGCCUAGAGUCUCGUUGAAUAUGCCAUGAUCAUAUACGAAACAAAGUGUUCAUUUUAAAUUUUCAUUGAUGUCAUAUUUCAUUUAUCUCUUGUUGCAUGAACAGUUAUUUUCAUAUUUAUAGGAAGACUCGGUGCAAUUAUACAGCCAGAUUUAAAAAUUGUUUAUUAAUUUUGCAUAAAUGAUUUGAUAUUAUUGUCUUUCUGGAACAAAAGGAUAUUUAGUGCUUUAAAAUCAAUGUUUUCAAAUUUUAUACCUGUGUUUAUAUUUCACACAUAUUGUACUUAUGGAUAUGCAGAUAAUAAUUUAAGGUUUAAAUUUGGUUGUAUUUGCCUGUAGAUCUCCAUAUCUCCCGUAAUCUCAGGAUAUUUUUAAAACACAAAUUGCAUCUAGCAUUUGAAUAGAAUACAAAAUAAAGAAGAUUUAAUUCCAUUUUAAGUUGGGAUUUAUUGCAAUAUUUUAUUUUAUAUAUAUUUCGAAGUUGUCUUUUCCCGACUUGUUUUGUUAGUGGAUAAAUUUUCAAAUUUUUUCCUGUUAUUGUCUUUGUUAAACAAUGUUCUUGCAUUUUAAAAAAAUAUUUGUACAUAACUUCCAUAGCAAAAAAUAAAUGUAUAUUAAAAAUUAGCAGAUGAACAGAUA